GCCUCGAGAAGACGACCAAAGUUCAAACAAGGACAAUUAUUCUUUUGCUCAGGCCAAGGAUGCCGGUCCAACCCGAUCCCAAAUUGUUUCCCUGUAUAAUUUACUGACCCCACCGCAGUCACGUACACAGCCAUCUCACUAGAAGCAUGGCAUUUUUGAUUGUUGGCGCUGUUGAAAUGCUUGGACGAUCAGCCCCACCUGGGCCGUUACAGUACGUGUCAAAAAGUUUGCCACCCUGUCAAGUAUCGCCAAGGCGCCAAACCAAUUCAGGUAGUAUCGAAGGAGUAGAAUCGUCUUCUUUAGCUAUUCACGGUUACAAGAUGGCGCGCGGUCCAAAACUUUCAGAAUGCAUGAAAGCCCGAAUCUUAAAGCUCGUUCUUUGGGCUGAUCGCCGAAUCGGACCCAAAAGAAGCACCUCGAAAUCAAGCUCUCGACGAUUAAAUCUCACGUCGUAUGAGAAGCUCGGCGAGCUUCAAAAAAGAGUGUUGUUAUGGUGAAGUGGUAUCAGCGUUUAGAAUCACGCAGAUUGCC